GGCUGACGUCACACAGGUUAUAUACUUUACCAUAACAACGUUCUAGCUCAGUCACAGAUAAAAUGGACCCGUCUAUGUACCUGUAUGAUGUCCCCCCGGUGUUGAUUGAGACGUUUUGCAAGGUAAUCGACAGCGGUGAUGACAGCCUCGGAUGGCGCGGGCUUGGUGAGUAAUGUGAACUAAAAAGUGUUACUUUCUGUGCGCGCUUUAAACUUUAUCUCUAUUGGUUUACCAAAGCGGAAGUGUUGUGUUCACUGAGGUAUAGGUUGUGUAGAUUACCUGGAACGAUCUCUUCUGUGAUAAAUUCACAUUCACUUUCGUUUUGUCCACAUUAUGUAACGCUGUUAGUGUAUAGCACUGUAGCACAUAUGGUAUCAUGUCACAAUAACACUAUAACUGGGAGAAAAAUUCAGCGCUGGCAUUUUAGCUACACCAGCUCACUUGACGUCACGUCACCGCUCCCCAACCCCUUUUCGGGGGCAUUUGCCACUUAAAUCAAAUCAAAUCAAAUUAUAUUUGUCACAUACACCUGUUUAGCAGAUGUUAUUGCGGGUGUAGCGAAAUGCUUGUGCUUCUAGCUCCGACAGUGCAGUAAUAUCUAACAAUUUCACAACAUAUACCCAAUACACACAAAACUAGUAAGGAAUGGGAUUUAAGAAUAUAUACAUAUAUGGACAAGCAAUGACAGAGCGGCAUGGACUAAGAUACAGUAGAAUAUUAUAGAAUAGAAUACAGUAUAUACAUAUGAGCUGAGUAGUGCAAGAUAUGUAAACAUUAUUAAAGUGACUAGUGUUCCAUUUCUUAAAGUGGCCAGUGAUUUCAAUAGGCAGCAGGUCAGCGAAAUGCUCAAUAUAGAUUAUUAUGACAACAGAGGAAUUGCGCAAAAGUCAUAAAAAAAACAGGCCCAUGGGCUGCCGGCCGUGCCAUUUUAAAAAUACAUUGUUUACAUAUAUUUUUGGGUCAAUUCCGACCAGCCCACCCCAAUUAAAGAUGGUCCUUCUGGCAUUAUUUGCCAGAAUUGCCAGGCGGCCAAUCCGCCCACGCCCAAUAAGAACUUGCUUCCAUUUCUCUACUUUACCUAUCCCCCCUUCAGCUGCGCGUAUUGUGCCAAGUUGGACGGAGGUGCGACGCACCGAGAGGCUGGAGGCAAUGGGCAAGAGCCCCACGCGCGAACUCAUCUGGUCGUGGGCGCAACAGAACAAAACUGUUGGGGACCUUCUGAAGGUAUUGGAGGAUAUGGGCCACUACAGAGCGCUACAGCUCUUUAUGCCUCAAGGUAAGGGACUAUUCAAUAGUUGUGUGUUAUUAGACCUAUAUGAUGGUGCGGUUUGUGUCAGUUUCAAAUGGCUGUAGCCUGUUUAACUGUAGCCUGUUUUUCACUGGCCUAAACCGUUGGUUUCAGUUCUGUAAUGUCAUUGUUGCAUAAACUUCCUCUGUCGGUGUGCAAGCGCUCAGCUGUGUCAACAACACAUUGAGCAAAUGUGAGACUGAACAAAUUCAGUGCCUGCUCCACUAACGGUUGAACAUGUAGGCCCGUGUUAUUAAAGAUGAAUAAAACAGGGAAAUGUUGUCCUUUCAGAAACAAAGUAUUCCUUCCCCAACAGUGGACCAUCAGAGAGCAGCAGGGAUAACCCCUCCCCUCCUGAGUCAGCCGUGGUAAGCUACUGUAACUGGUCAUGAUAUAUCUAUUAUUAUAAACUGGGUGGUUCGAGCCCUGAAUGCUGAUUGGCUGCAAGCCAUGGUAUAUCAGACCGUAUACCAUGGGUAUGACGAAACAUUUAUUUCUACUGUUCUAAUUACAUUAGUAACCAGUUUAUAAUAGCAAUAAGGCACCUCUGGGGUUUGUGGUAUAUGGCCAAUUUACCACGGCUAAGGGCUGUAUCCAGGCACUCUGCGUUGCGUCGUGUUUAAGAACAGCCCUUAGCCGUGGUAUAAUGGCCAUAUACCACACCCCCUCGGGCCUUAUUGCUUAAAUCAAACCCCUCUCCUCCUGAGUCACCCGUGCUAGGCUACUAGUCAUGUCAUGAUCAACCUAUCAUGUUAUGAUCAAUGUAGUUUGUGUUGAACUUGCAAUUAAUAAUCUCCCUUUUAUAGACACUAGUAACUUUCGCCUUAAUGAAUGUAUGAGAGGUUGUCUCCAGUGGCACCAUAUUGUCUAUAUAGGCUAGUGCAUGUGUCUCCAGUGACACCAUAUUGUCUAUAUAGGCUAGUGCAUGUGUCUCCAGUGGCACCAUAUUGUCUAUAUAGGCUAGUGCAUGUGUCUCCAGUGACACCAUAUUGUCUAUAUAGGCUAGUGCAUGUGUCUCCAGUGACACCAUAUUGUCUAUAUAGGCUAGUGCAUGUGUCUCCAGUGACACCAUAUUGUCUAUAUAGGCUAGUGCAUGUGUCUCCAGUGGCACCAUAUUGUCUAUAUAGGCUAGUGCAUGUGUCUCCAGUGACACCAUAUUGUCUAUAUAGGCUAGUGCAUGUGUCUCCAGUGACACCAUAUUGUCUAUAUAGGCUAGUGCAUGUGUCUCCAGUGGCACCAUAUUGUCUAUAUAGGCUAGUGCAUGUGUCUCCAGUGACACCAUAUUGUCUAUAUAGGCUAGUGCAUGUGUCUCCAGUGACACCAUAUUGUCUAUAUAGGCUAGUGCAUGUGUGAUCCUGUAAUUGAUCCUGUAUUACACUGUAAUAACUGUAUUUUUGUCAUCAUGUCCUGUUUUCUCAGUCACCCCCACCUGACAGUGAGUCAACCCAACCUGGUUGGAACCAGUCUGAUAAUCAUGUGUCGAGUGAAGGUACUUAACUGAAAGGUUGCUGAGCCGACAAGGUGAAAAACUGACGGUGUGCCCUUGAGCAAGGCACUUAACCCUAAUUUGCUCUAGGGGUGCUGUACUACUAUGACUGACCCUGUAAAACAACACAUUACACUGCACCUAUCUGGUAUAUGUGACAAAUUAUUAUCAUUAUUAUUAUUAUUGUUAUUAUUUGUAUUUGUAUUUGUAUUUUUUUUGUCCAGUGAUUUUCUGUCCACCUUUUAAUAUUCAUAAUGAGACAUUAGAUUGCUGAGCCAUUUCUCUGUUUCAGUAUGAGUUGUGUUCAUCAUGCUGUGUCAGUACUACUAUCACUUGUUCUUAUAUUGGGUCAUCAAAACAUCCCACCUCAGCAUGUGUUGAGAUGGUCCCUUGGGGUCGUCAAAACAUCCCACCUCAGCAUGUGUUGAGAUGGUCCCUUGGGGUCAUCAAAACAUCCCACCUCAGCAUGUGUUGAGAUGGUCCCUUGGGGUCGUCAAAACAUCCCACCUCAGCAUGUGUUGAGAUGGUCCCUUGGGGUCAUCAAAACAUCCCACCUCAGCAUGUGUUGAGAUGGUCCCUUGGGGUCGUCAAAACAUCCCACCUCAGCAUGUGUUGAGAUGGUCCCUUGGGGUCGUCAAAACAUCCCACCUCAGCAUGUGUUGAGAUGGUCCCUUGGGGUCGUCAAAACAUCCCACCUCAGCAUGUGUUGAGAUGGUCCCUUGGGGUCGUCAAAACAUCCCACCUCAGCAUGUGUUGAGAUGGUCCCUAAGGGGUCAUCAAAACAUCCCACCUCAGCAUGUGUUGAGAUGGUCCCUUGGGGUCGUCAAAACAUCCCACCUCAUCAUGUGUUGAGAUGGUCCCUUGGGGUCGUCAAAACAUCCCACCUCAGCAUGUGUUGAGAUGGUCCCUUGGGGUCGUCAAAACAUCCCACCUCAGCAUGUGUUGAGAUGGUCCCUAAGGGGUCGUCAAUACAUCCCACCUCAGCAUGUGUUGAGAUGGUCCCUUGAUACGACAGACUCAUAAAUAAUACUGAGGGUAUUAUCUGGAACAUCCUACUAGACUCAUAAAUAAUACUGAGGGCAUUAUCUGAAACAUCCUACUAGACUCAUAAAUAAUACUGAGGGCAUUAUCUGAAACAUCCUACUAGACUCAUAAAUAAUACUGAGGGCAUUAUCUGGAACAUCCUACUAGACUCAUAAAUAGUACUGAGGGCAUUAUCUGAAACAUCCUACUAGACUCAUAAAUAAUACUGAGGGUAUUAUCUGGAACAUCCUACUAGACUCAUAAAUAAUACUGAGGGCAUUAUCUGGAACAUCCUACUGUAUGGUUUCAGUGAGAGCAAGCUUCUGGGAGGUAUCUAAUUCCCUAUUUCACUUCACUUUUUAUUAAGUGGUUUCAUUGACGACAGAUUUCAUAGGAUGCGUCCCAAAUGGUACCCUAUUCCCUAAAUAGUGCCCAUGGUCAAAAGUAGUGCACUAUGUAGGGUGUAUGGUGUCGUUUGGGACGCGCCCAUACGGCUCAUUGAACAUGUGUAAAUGUACUAGUGAGAAUGCUGAGGUUUUUCCUGGGUACUCUGCUUAUGUUCUAAGUGUUUUGACCUUGUUGCUAGGUAGAAACCACAGGCUUAGUGUUUUUACCUUGUUGCUAGGUAGAAACCACAGGCUUAGUGUUUUGACCUUGUUGCUAGGUAGAAACCACAGGCUUAGUGGUUUGACCUUGUUCCUAGGUAGAAACCACAGGCUUGUGAUCACCUACUCGGACGUCAUAGAGGGAACUAGACAUUUUCACCAGGACAUGAAGAUCUCCGAGGGCAGCUUCUCUGCUGUCUACAGAGCGGUAAAGGGAAAUGAAACCUUGGCUGUCAAGCUCUUUAAGCAGGUACUAACUUCCCUCCUCCAUUUUAUACUCUAUUUAUAAAUGAAAUCUGUUGAAAAUGUCCCUGGCUUGAUGGAGAUGAAAUAUACUAGAGGUCAUUAUCGAACUAGAGAGACAUUUAUUUGGUUAUGUGCUUCAGAAGGACUGAGGACACACAACACAGUUCAAAUGUUUGUUGGUCUUCGUUGGUCUGUACAGGUGCAGAAAGCCUCGUGGAGGAAGUUGUGGGAUCUAUUCAGGAGAGAGAUGGAAGUUCAUCAUCUGUACGUUUAACUACUCCACUCAGCCUCCAUUUUAGAUGGUUUCUGCGUAUAUAUUUACCACUGAAAUCCAUUAGGACAUAUCACUCUUCUUCCAUGCACACAUCUUCUCGUAAUGGUAAACAAUAAAAUCUGCCCUCAAUGACUAACCUGGUUAAAUAAAGGCAAAUAUCUGUCUGUUACUAAUCAUCAAAUCUGCCUGUUUAUGUUUCAGCUAUCAGCAUCCUAACAUAUUGGAGCUGUUGGGUUGUUACUCUGAUGGGGAUCGUUACUGGCUGGUAUACCCUUACCUUCCCAACGGAUCACUGUUCCACAGACUGCAUGACCAGGUGAGAUAUUCUAUUCUGUACCCUUACCUUCCCAACGGAUCACUGUUCCACAGACUGCAUGACCAGGUGAGAUAUUCUAUUCUGUACCCCUUACCUUCCCAACGGAUCACUGUUCCACAGACUGCAUGACCAGGUGAGAUAUUCUAUUCUGUACUCCUUACCUUCCCAACGGAUCACUGUUCCACAGACUGCAUGACCAGGUGAGAUAUUCUAUUCUGUACCCCUUACCUUCCCAACGGAUCACUGUUCCACAGACUGCAUGACCAGGUGAGAUAUUCUAUUCUGUACCCCUUACCUUCCCAACGGAUCACUGUUCCACAGACUGCAUGACCAGGUGAGAUAUUCUAUUCUGUACCCCUUACCUUCCCAACGGAUCACUGUUCCACAGACUGCAUGACCAGGUGAGAUAUUCUAUUCUGUACCCCUUACCUUCCCAACGGAUCACUGUUCCACAGACUGCAUGACCAGGUGAGAUAUUCUAUUCUGUACCCUUACCUUCCCAACGGAUCACUGUUCCACAGACUGCAUGACCAGGUGAGAUAUUCUAUUCUGUACCCUUACCUUCCCAACGGAUCACUAUUCCACAGACUGCAUGACCAGGUGAGAUAUUCUAUUCUGUACCCCUUACCUUCCCAACGGAUCACUGUUCCACAGACUGCAUGACCAGGUGAGAUAUUCUAUUCUGUACCCCUUACCUUCCCAACGGAUCACUAUUCCACAGACUGCAUGACCAGGUGAGAUAUUCUAUUCUGUACCCCUUACCUUCCCAACGGAUCACUGUUCCACAGACUGCAUGACCAGGUGAGAUAUUCUAUUCUGUACCCCCUACCUUCCCAACGGAUCACUGUUCCACAGACUGCAUGACCAGGUGAGAUAUUCUAUUCUGUACCCCUUACCUUCCCAACGGAUCACUGUUCCACAGACUGCAUGACCAGGUGAGAUAUUCUAUUCUGUACCCCUUACCUUCCCAACGGAUCACUGUUCCACAGACUGCAUGACCAGGUGGAGAUAUUCUAUUCUGUACCCCUACCUUCCCAACGGAUCACUGUUCCACAGACUGCAUGACCAGGUGAGAUAUUCUAUUCUGUACCCCUUACCUUCCCAACGGAUCACUGUUCCACAGACUGCAUGACCAGGUGAGAUAUUCUAUUCUGUACCCCUUACCUUCCCAACGGAUCACUGUUCCCACAGACUGCAUGACCAGGUGAGAUAUUCUAUUCUUUACCCCUUACCUUCCCAACGGAUCACUGUUCCACAGACUGCAUUGACCAGGUGAAGAUAUUCUAUUCUGUACCCCCUUACCUUCCCAACGGAUCACUGUUCCACAGACUGCAUGACCAGGACACCUUUCACGGAUCGACUGUUCCACGACUGCAUCCAGGUGAGUUUCUAUUCGUGUACCUCUCUACCUUCCCACGGAUACUGUUUACACAUACUGCUGACAGGUGAUAUUCAUAUUCUGUUACCCUUUCCUUCCCACGGAUCACUGUUCCACAGACUGCAUGACCAGGUGAGAUAUUCUAUUCUGUACCUUACCUUCCCACGGAUCACUGUUCCACAGCUGCAUGACCAGUGGAUAUUUUUGUUACCCCUACUUCCCACGGAUCACUGUUCCACAGACUGCAUGACCAGGUGAGAUAUACUACUUCAGUUCAGACACCACUACGCACAAGCACACACAUUUUCUACAGAAAAUGUACCUAUUCUAGUUGUAGGUUGUGUUACCUAUUCUAGUUGUAUGUUUUGUUACCUAUUCUAGUUGUAUGUUUUGUUACCUAUUCUAGUUGUAUGUUGUGUUACCUAUUCUAGUUGUAUGUUUUGUUACCUAUUCUAGUUGUAUGUUGUGUUACCUAUUCUAGUUGUAUGUUGUGUUACCUAAUUCUAGUUGUAUGUUGUGUUACCUAUUCUAGUUGUAUGUUGUGUUACCUAUUCUAGUUGUAGGUUGUGUUACCUAUUCUAGUUGUAGGUGGUGUUACCUAUUCUAGUUGUAGGUUGUGUUACCUAUUCUAGUUGUAGGUUGUGUUACCUAUUCUAGUUGUAUGUUGUGUUACCUAUUCUAGUUGUAUGUUGUGUUACCUAUUCUAGUUGUAGGUUGUGUUACCUAUUCUAGUUGUAGGUUGUGUUACCUAUUCUAGUUGUAUGUUUUGUUACCUAUUCUAGUUGUAUGUUUUGUUACCUAUUCUAGUUGUAUGUUGUGUUACCUAUUCUAGUUGUAGGUUGUGUUACCUAUUCUAGUUGUAUGUUGUGUUACCUAUUCUAGUUGUAUGUUGUGUUACCUAUUCUAGUUGUAUGUUUUGUUACCUAUUCUAGUUGUAUGUUUUGUUACCUAUUCUAGUUGUAUGUUGUGUUACCUAUUCUAGUUGUAUGUUGUGUUACCUAUUCUAGUUGUAGGUUGUGUUACCUAUUCUAGUUGUAUGUUGUGUUACCUAUUCUAGUUGUAGGUUGUGUUACCUAUUCUAGUUGUAGGUUGUGUUACCUAUUCUAGUUGUAGGUCGUGUUACCUAUUCUAGUUGUAUGUUUUGUUACCUAUUCUAGUUGUAUGUUGUGUUACCUAUUCUAGUUGUAGGUUGUGUUACCUAUUCUAGUUGUAUGUUGUGUUACCUAUUCUAGUUGUAUUUUGUGUUACCUAUUCUAGUUGUAUGUUGUGUUACCUAUUCUAGUUGUAGGUUGUGUUACCUAUUCUAGUUGUAGGUUGUGUUACCUAUUCUAGUUGUAGGUGGUGUUACCUAUUCUAGUUGUAUGUUGUGUUACUGUAAAGGCAGAUUUCCAUCCUCUGAUGGACCAUAAACUUCCAUUUUAUUCUACUAAACUACUAUACUAUUCUAUUUCAAUGCCAAAAAGAUCAGUUUAUCUGUCUCUGUGGUGGACAGACUGUGUGGUAGUAGGUGUAUUGGCGUUUAAAUGCUAACAUGUCUCCCUCCUGCAUCUCUCUGUAGAACCUAGUGCCCACUCUCUCAUGGCAGGAGCGUCUGGACAUCAUCAAGGGGACGGCUAAGGCAGUACAUCACCUACAUACGGCCCAGCCCUGUACUGUGGUCUGUGGUAACAUCACAAGGUACCAGCUCAAACCCCUAGGCUAAUCACUCACCUCACCCCCUUUUAGGGUCUUGGUGAAUGAUGGGACCAGGAAAGAGACAGCCUUUUUUAAGCAUUUCGUUUAGCAUAGCAUAACACAGCAUAUCACAGUAUAACCUAGCAUAGCAUAGCCUAGCAUAGCACAUUUCCAAAGAUCCCAGUCACACCAGAGUCCCAAAGAUCCCAGUCACACCUGAGUUCCAAAGAUCCCAGUCACCCCUGAGUUCCAAAGAUCCCAGUCACACCUGAGUUCCAAAGAUCCCAGUCACCCCUGAGUUCCAAAGAUCCCAGUCACCCCUGAGUUCCAAAGCCCCAGUCACCCCUGAGUUUCAAAGAUCCCAGUCACCCCUGAGUUCCAAAGAUUCCAGUUACACCUGAGUUCCAAAGAUUCCAGUUACACCUGAGUUCCAAAGAUCCCAGUCACCCCUGAGUUCCAAAGACCCCAGUCACACCUGACUUCCAAAGAUCCCAGUCACCCCCGAGUUUCAAAGAUCCCAGUCACAGCUGAGUUCCAAAGAUCCCAGUCACCCCUGAGUUCCAAAGAUUCCAGUUACACCUGAGUUCCAAAGAUUCCAGUUACACCUGAGUUCCAAAGAUCCCAGUCACCCCUGAGUUCGAAAGAUCCCAGUCACCCCUGAGUUCCAAAGAUCCCAGUCACCCCUGAGUUCCAAAGAUCCCAGUCACCCCUGAGUUUCAAAGAUCCCAGUCACCCCUGAGUUCCAAAGAUUCCAGUUACACCUGAGUUCCAAAGAUUCCAGUUACACCUGAGUUCCAAAGAUCCCAGUCACCCCUGAGUUCCAAAGACCCCAGUCACACCUGACUUCCAAAGAUCCCAGUCACACCUGACUUCCAAAGAUCCCAGUCACCCCUGAGUUCCAAAGAUCCCAGUCACCCCUUAGUUCCAAAGAUCCCAGUCACCCCUGAGUUCCAAAGAUCCCAGUCACCCCUGAGUUCCAAAGAUCCCAGUCACCCCUGAGUUCCAAAGACCCCAGUCACUCCUGAGUUCCAAAGACCCCAGUCACCCCUGAGUUCCAAAGAUCCCAGUCACCCCUGAGUUCCAAAGACCCACCUGUUUCAAAGUGUCUUCUUUCUGUGUAGUUCUAACAUACUUCUGGACGAGCGGCUGCAGCCCAAGCUGUCUGAUUUUGGGACGGCCCGUCUCAGACCCCACUCUGUCAGUCAGAGCUGCACCGUUACCUUGGAUACGACCUGUGGAACCCUGGGAUACCUGCCAGAGGAAUACAUCCGAGACGGAAAGCUGUCCGUCAGUCUGGAUGUGUUCAGCUUGGGAAUGGUGAGUUAGGGAGUACUUGGCAAAAAUGCUCUGAAACAUCUUUUGACAAACAAUCAUCUUUCAAACGACAUGGUCUUUGUCAGGUACUUGGGACAAAUACUGGACCUGAUAAACUGAUCUGAAUGCCAGAACAUAGCUGUUUGUGAAUUGCUUGGAUGUCUAUGACCAGAACCUGUUAAUAAGAAGCCGUUUGUUCUUAGGUUAUAAUGGAAACAUUAACGGGACGGAACGUCAGAGAGGACACUCCUAAACACACCCUGCUGGUAACACUACAAUGACAUUUUGCACAUGUUGUAUUAAAAUGCUAGCAAACACAUGACAUAAUGCUGGAUUACUGGAUACAUGCCCUCUGGUUCAUCCUCCCUCCCUCCCUCCCUCCCCUCACUCCCUCCCUCCCUCCCUCCCCUCCCUCCCCUCCCUCCCUCCCUCCCCUCCCUCCCUCCCCUCCCUCCCUCCCUCCCUCCCUCCCCCCCUCCCUCCCUCCCUCCCAUCCCUCCCUCCCUCCAUCCCUCCCUCCCUCCCUCCCUCCAUCCCUCCCUCCCUCCAUCCCUCCCUCCCUCCCUCCCUCCCUCCCCUCCCUCCCUCCCUCCCUCCCUCCCUCCCUCCAGAGAGACAUCCUACAUGGAGAGGUGGAGGACAGUGGCAGUGUGGACUCCUGUCUUCAGUAUCUGGACCCAAGGGCUGGUCUCUGCCCCCACUCUGUGUCCUUUCCCUUGUUCCGCCUGGCCCUGGACUGCACCGCUACACGACCACGCCACAGACCCACCAUGGGGAAUGUGAGUCAACUCAACACAAUUCAAUGCAAUCUAGUUCAAUUUAGUUCAAUUCAAUUCCACUUUAUUGAGUUGGGUAAAUGUGGGAAUAGGGAAAUAAAUCUGACUUUUAUAGUCAAGGUUCAGGGCAGGACUGUUUGUUUGAUUUGCGACUGAAUCAGAACUGGGCAGAAAAUACUUGUAUUUUAUAGUUUAUUUGAAAAUACCAACUUUUCAAAUACUUGAGGUAGUUGAAUAUAGUUUAUGUAGAGUUUGAGCUAGUUGAAUAUAGUUUAUGUAGAGUUUGAGCUAGUUGAAUGUAGUUUAUGUAGAGUUUGAGCUAGUUGAAUAUAGUUUAUGUAGAGUUUGAGCUAGUUGAAUAUAGUUUAUGUAGAGUUUGAGCUAGUUGAAUGUAGUUUAUGUAGAGUUUGAGCUAGUUGAAUAUAGUUUAUGUAGAGUUUGAGCUAGUUGAAUAUAGUUUAUGUAGAGUUUGAGCUAGUUGAAUGUAGUUUAUGUAGAGUUUGAGCUAGUUGAAUAUAGUUUAUGUAGAGUUUGAGCUAGUUGAAUAUAGUUUAUGUAGAGUUUGAGCUAGUUGAAUGUAGUUUAUGUAGAGUUUGAGCUAGUUGAAUAUAGUUUAUUUAGAGUUUGAGCUAGUUGAAUAUAGUUUAUGUAGAGUUUGAGCUAGUUGAAUGUAGUUUAUGUAGAGUUUGAGCUAGUUGAAUAUAGUUUAUGUAGAGUUUGAGCUAGUUGAAUGUAGUCUAUGUAGAGUUUGAGCUAGUUGAAUGUAGUUUAUGUAGAGUUUGAGCUAGUUGAAUGUAGUUUAUGUAGAGUUUGAGCUAGUUGAAUAUAGUUUAUGUAGAGUUUGAGCUAGUUGAAUAUAGUUUAUGUAGAGUUUGAGCUAGUUGAAUAUAGUUUAUGUAGAGUUUCAACUACAAGGCAAAUAUAUUUUCUUUGAUAUUCAAAUCCAGGUCUCAGAAAAACAAUACCUCGCAAAUAACCAAAUCAUAUUUGAAGGUAUUUGAAUAUAUGCAAGUUAUUUGAAAAACAAAAAAAAUACUUAUUUGAUGGCUGCCAACUAUUUGAUGAAGAACCAAAAACUAUAACAGUUAGUUGAAUUAGUGUAAAUAUAUGAUCAGAAGCACAUAGUUUGGAGAGCUCUCAGAUAUGAAUUUUAAUAUAGUCUAUAACCUAGAAUUAAAUACAUGAGGGACAUGAAAUCACCUCAACAUUAAAGUAGACUAACAAAAUGACUAACAAAUAUUUCUGUUGAGUGACACAAGGUAAUGCAGCAACACUAGACAUCCAGUUAUUUUACAUACGUAGUAAAUUUGUGAAUAUUACAAUAGCAACAUUGUUGUUACGUAGGACUUUGGAAAUGUCUUUAUAAUUGCACAAUAAUGGAGUUAUUACAUGGAAUAAGGAACAGUCACUAUUCUUGUGUACAGUAGUUACAAAGAUUCUCAGCUCAUUGCCAUGCAAUUCAAAUGCAAUUACCAAAGUAUUACGUAACCACAUGCUAAUAAAAUGUUGCUCCAAAACUAAUUAGAGUUUUAUUACUCAGGCACAAGAACAGUUUCACGUUAAGUGCUAGUGAGAAUGCUAACAGGAACAAAAUAUGUCUAUUAAGUGUCGAAGGGAAAAUAAAUAUCCCAAAACUGCCUUCUUGAAUCAACUACAGCCAAGGUAGGUGUGAAAAACAUGUUAGUUUGUGAGUAAACUAUCCCUUUAAAGAUGGUAUAGUGUGUGUGUUUUAAAACAAGAACACUUACGCUCAGAUGGACAAAGAGGUUUCAACGUUGUUUUUGCUAAGCAUCCAACUUGCUGUUAGCAAUGUUUGCAAAUGGAUUUGAAUUACUCUGCGGUAUUUUUAGGUAUCAUCAAAUUAAUUGCAUCUUUCAAACUUUUCAGUGGCAUGUUAAAAGUCAUACAGUACAGAUGUAGGAUCUUAAUUUGAGCCAGUUUGCUACAGCAGGAAAAUAAUCCUGCAGCAACAGGAAAUGUGAAUUAUUAUGUGGAUUAUAAUUAAUGGACAUUUUUGUAGGGCUUGAUACUUUUUUCAUUAGGGCAAAUCAAAUCUGAAAUGUUAAAGUCGAUAUUACAAACUUUAGAAGCCUUUUUCAAAACUCAAAUACACUACAAGUUAGCAUUUUCUGAUGUGCAGGAAAAUUAUCAGCAACAAAAGUGUGAUCAAAGUAAAAUCCUACGUCUGUAGUUGAGCGUCACAACUUAUCUGUGCAAAAUAUCAUUGUUAAUUGGUUUGACUUGAUAGUGUACACCUGGGGCAAUGGACAUUCAGGAGAAUGGACAUUUACAGAAUGUUCAGAUAUAAAUGUAUUGUGUAGAUCAAAUAUGACUUCAAACAAGCAGUUCCAGAUACAGCCCUGCCAUUAGUUGAAGGCAGCCAAUCCAAUCUGUAUUCAAAUAGUUUUAAAAAGUAGUCAUUUUUUUGGGGGGGGGAUCUGUUUUCAAGUAGUUGUAGUCACCUCCAAAGUAACUGUGUUUCCCUGAAAGCAUAGUUAAAACUACAGUUAUCUCAGUCUGGACUGAAUACUGCAGCUAGGUGAGGGGCUGACUAUACAAAUGAGAACAAAAGUCAUUUACAGCCUCUCAACAUUUGUGGACUUAGUAAAUAUUGACUUUAUGAGUCAUAAUAUAUUUAUUUCUGUCCAUUUUUGAUGAGUGAAGAGAUUUGCCUUUAUUUACAGGUAAAUCAUUGAUAGCACGUUAUCUUUUACAAUAACGAAAUGGGUGUUUUCCCCCACCUGUCUCUUCCAGGUGCUACAGGUAUUGAGCCAGCUGCUUCCCCUGCCGUCCCCACCUGAAGACCAGCCCCACACCCUGACCGACUGGGCCCCAGCUCCCCCUGCCUCCCCUGCCCAGACGGGAGAUGGCCCCAGCUCCAACCCCAGCCCCAGUGUGCCUGUAGAGGACGAUGAGCUGCACAGUUACCCCAGUGCCAACCCACAGCCAGCUCCAGCCCAGGGAGGGCCCUGUGAGUGUAGCCAGUCAGAGGUCACCUAUCUGGGCAGUGGGGAGCGGCUGGGCCAGAGCCUCCAGACCAAUGGAGAGACAGUGGAUCUAUACAGUAGCUGGCCAGUCCAGUGUAGCUGUUCAGCUGAGGUGGAUGGAAUGGGCUGUGAGGAUUGUACAGCCAAUGGAUUUACUCCCUGCCCCUCAGACCUCCCUCAAGGCAAGUAUUAUGUUUGGGACCAGAAGUUAUACCUUAAACCUAACCAGGUUUAAGCCCAAGGCCCUAUAGACUGUAACUAUCUAUAGACUGUAACUACCUAUAGACUAACUACCUAUUGACUAUAACUACCUAUAGACUGUAACUAUCUAUAGACUGUAACUACCUAUAGACUGUAACUAUCUAUAGACUGUAACUACCUAUAGACUAUAACUACCUAUAGACUGUAACUACCUAUAGACUGUAACUAUCUAUAGACUGUAACUACCUAUUGACUAUAACUACCUAUAGACUAUAACUACCUAUAGACUGUAACUAUCUAUAGACUGUAACUACCUAUAGACUAUAACUACCUAUAGACUGUAACUAUCUAUAGACUGUAACUACCUAUAGACUAUAACUACCUAUAGACUAUAACUACCUAUAGACUAUAACUACCUAUUGACUGUAACUAUCUAUAGACUGUAACUAUCUAUAGACUGUAACUACCUAUAGACUGUAACUACCUAUAGACUGUAACUACCUAUAGACUGUAACUACCUAUAGACUGUAACUAUCUAUAGACUGUAACUACCUAUAGACUGUAACUAUCUAUAGACUGUAACUACCUAUUGACUAUAACUACCUAUUGACUAUAACUACCUAUAGACUGUAACUAUCUAUAGACUGUAACUACCUAUAGACUGUAACUACCUAUAGACUAUAACUACCUAUAGACUAUAACUACCUAUAGACUGUAACUACCUAUAGACUAUAACUACCUAUAGACUAUAACUACCUAUAGACUAUAACUACCUAUAGACUAUAACUACCUAUAGACUAUAACUACCUAUAGACUGUAACUACCUAUAGACUAUAACUACCUAUAGACUGUAACUACCUAUAGACUAUAACUACCUAUAGACUAUAACUACCUAUAGACUAUAACUACCUAUAGACUAUAACUACCUAUAGACUGUAACUACCUAUAGACUAUAACUACCUAUAGACUAUAACUACCUAUAGACUGUAACUACCUAUAGACUAUAACUACCUAUAGACUAUAACUACCUAUAGACUGUAACUACCUAUAGACUGUAACUACCUAUAGACUGUAACUAUCUAUAGACUGUAACUACCUAUAGACUAUAUCUACCUAGAGACUGUAACUAGGACCUGGAGUUUAUCCAGGUCUGGUCAAAGGGUCAAGGAAAAACACUGUUUUAGCUAUAGAACCUGGUUGUAUAAAAAUAAAGAUUUCAGAGAUCGUUUCUUCUUUACACAGCAGCCAAUGUUGAGUCGAGAGUCACAUACUGUAACCAUGGUUUCAUUCCAAUGGUGGUGUCUAUGUUACAGGUGACCUCAGCUUCCCUUCCCUUGGUUUAGUGGACAACCCUGCCAAGGACAGACUGAGGAAUAAGAUUGAUCUGUACAACAGAAGCCUCAUCAGAACAGAGGAACUCCUCUCUAUCUCCAUGGCAACCCAGGAGUGACAAACGCUGAUCUGGGAUCUGCCUGCCCUUCCCCAAAUCCUAAUCUGAACCAUUUAGAGGGU